UCUUGAUUAAUUUUUAUGGGCAACAUUUGUUAAUAAUCAAAUUAGAUCAUAAAUUAAAAAGAAAAAGUGAUUCGCCUAACUUGUAAUCCUAAUAAAUAAGGUCCGAAUAAAUAAAUUUUACACCGCUCUAUUAAGAAUUUAUCAUAAAAUUUAGAUACUUUUGAAGAAGACUUUUAUAAAAAUGAAUUUUUUUUUGAUUUCUCAAAUGAUAACAAGGCAAAAAGUUGUUUAAACAAUAAUGAUUAAAACAUGAUCAUAAUGAAUGAAGUCGAAGAAAAAAAUAUCAUACAAUUUCCUUCUUUCGAAUAUUUAAGUGUUUCUUAAAUUCAGUAUAAAACUAAUGUUGUUCCAAUUAAAGAGGAUCCUCUAAAUUUUGCAUUCAUAAAGGAGAAAAAAAAGAAAGAUGUAAAGUUUUUAAAAAAUUUUAAAAAACCAGUACCAGAAAAAAAUCACCUUAAAAGCAUUUUAAAAUAAAAAAAAUCAAAUUGCUCAUCUUUUAGCAGCUUUUCUGAUAGAUAUAGCAAAUAUUCUGUCUCAUUCAACAUUCUGCCAAGCAAUAAUAGUAAAAGUGCAAGAUCUUUGUCUCCAAUAAUUUAUACAACAAAUAAUAUAAAAUCAGAAAUAAAGCCACAAAGCAUGAUUUUUAUGUAAUAAUUUCCAUAUAUAUGA